AUGACAGAACUAUUAAAACAAGAGAUCCCCCGACUUAGCCCGGAUCCCCUCACCAACACAGAACGGUGGCAAGCCAUUUCAACCCGCGACAUCACAGCCAAUAGCUUCGUCUACGCCGUCCUCACCACAAAAAUAUACUGCCGCCCGUCAUGCCCAGCACGCCUAGCCCGCCGGGCCAACGUCCAAUUUUACGACACCCCUCCGCAAGCAGAGAAGGCCGGCUUCCGACCCUGCAAGCGCUGCCGGCCGCAUUCGGGUCAGACGGCGGCUCAGAGCAACCCCCAAACUGCCAUGAUUAACAAAGCCUGCGAGUCAAUCCGGAACACUCUGACGACAGGGCUGAAACCAAAAUUAAAAGAUCUGGCAACGGAGGCUGGCUUGACACCCAGUCAUUUCCAUCGUGUGUUUAAGAAACAUGUGGGCGUUACGCCCGGUCAAUAUGUAGAGAGCCUUGUGCAGAGCAACCUGCACUCGCCAGCCUCGUCACCAUCCGAUGCUUCAGUUGAAACUCCGCGCUCCGCCUCUGAUAGGGGUGAGAUCUUGGAUCUAGAUAUGAAUAGGGAUAAAGGGGCUGGUCUAUCGGCGGCUGGGCACGAAAUCUCAUUGAUGGGUGGCUGGAAUGAGUUCGAUGCUCUGCUGGCUUCUGAAUCGGAACAAAUGUGGGCGCCUGACCCAUUAUCUAUUGAUCCUCGAAUGAUUUUGGCCGAGUGGUGA